GCUUCUGUCAGAUCGUGGUGGUCCCAGUGGUCCAAGAUUUGUUGAGUGUUGAGUUUCGAUCGUGUAGUGAGCUGUAAUAUCUAGAUUCUUAAAAAAAAAGCAUUGACAGGAAGCGGUCUAGACGUCAGAAACCAUAAAAAAUAGGGGGAUCGUUUCCCGGGAGAAUGUCCCUUACAACGACGGUGACGGAAUGUUGCCGCUGCUGUUUGAUAAAAGAGGACGACAUGGUGUACGUGUUCGACAUUCUGGAUGAGUUCGACAGCAAGAUUUGCGAUCUGAUUGAAAGCUGCGGUGAUGUUACGAUCACAGAGGAUGACCCAUACUCGAAACACCUUUGCGGCAAUUGUUUGAACGAUUUGGCCAAUGCAACAAGAUUCCGACAGCGAUGCCACAGAACUAUGGACAUCUUGCUAAACAUGACCAUCGAAACAAAGGAACCAACCCUGUUGGAGAACGACCAAUACCAGGAGGAAGACACCGCAGAUUCAAAGAAUAGAUUGAUCGAAGAGAUCAUAUUGGAACAAGUUGAAGAGGACACAGAGGUAGAGGAAAUGAUAGAGCUUCCCGAAAACCAGAACUCGAACGAUGACUUCCAAUCCAGCAGCAUUCAAUACAUCAUCACUGAAGAACCGGCUGCGGUGGAGCUGCCGAGCAUCAAGUAUGAAAGAGUAAUCGCACUUCCAAACACGUUUGAAAAUGAAAUAGAAACCAUUUGCGUCCAGGAAUUGGAUCCACAUCAGGAUCAUGACAAAAUAGUCUCGGUGAUACCGCCUGUUCAAAAAGAAAUCAUGUCAGCUCGACCGAGGCCGGCCCAACUGAAUUUUGUGUGCCAACACUGUGGGGCAGGAUUUGCUAUGCAAAAGAAUCUUAGCAAACACCUUUUGAUACAUCGUAAUUAUGCAUGUGAAGUAUGCUCAAUCGUGUUCAAGAGUGGUCAAGACUUGGCUGCCCAUCAACUGAACCACGCCACCAAAGAUCGUUCGCUCGAGACCGGAGAUCCUUCGAGUUCGCUAACGGAGGACACGGAACCAGAAGCCAAAAAGUGUCAAAACCCGAAAAAGAAUCAUCCCUGUUCGUACUGUGGCAAAGCGUUUGCCUCGAACUCGGCUCUGGUGGCCCACAUUCGAGUGCAUACGCAAGAGCGGCCGUUUCCCUGCAGCUAUUGCCAGAAACGGUUCCGGACGGUUGGAGCGCUGGAACUGCACGAGCGGCGUCACAGCGGAGUGAAACCGUACAAGUGCGAUUUUUGCGGCAAGGGAUUCGCCGAGAGCAGUAAUCUGAAGGUACAUCGUCGCAUUCACACCCAGGAAAAACCCCACGUGUGCACAAUCUGCAAUCGUGCCUUUUCCCGAGUUUUCCUGCUGCAGAUUCACCAACGAACACACACCGGAGAGCGACCAUUUUCGUGCGAGGAAUGUGGAAAGCCAUUCAACCAACAGGGAGACUUGGCUGCCCAUAGACGGACCCACACCGGUGAGCGACCGCACCAGUGCAACGUAUGUGGCAAGGGUUUCAUCAAGAGCAGUGGUCUCACGUUGCACCGCAAAAAGCAUGAACUGCAAGGGCUGCCAACCGAAAAGUUACACAUGGUAUGGAUUGACGCAAAAGAAUAUGAUUUUCCCGCGAGUGAAAGCAAUGCAGUCGAUAUGUCGGGAGACGAUAUGGUGGAGGAAGACGUCAUUGUACCGAGGUGAUACAGUUAAAUAAUUCAUGUUCACUGUUGCCUUA